UAGUUUUCCUGAUAAGAGAAAUACCAAAAAAAUUUAAGUGCUGCAAAGGAACUAAUCUUCUAGUGUUGAAAAUCGUCGCUUUUCGCGCCAUUGACACAAAUUUGAAAUUGGGACACCGGGCUAAGGUUAAUGAAUGCAAAAGUCAAACAAGCCGCAUCAACAGGAAACUAAAACUGCGGCUCUAAGUCAACACUGGGCGUGGUCAAUAGAAGGCGUGUGAAUGCAUAGUUAAUGUCACUGUCUGGUGUAAAAGGCCAUGGGCAAGGAAAUUCCCGGACAGUCUCUCUCCGGAAAUGGCCAGCUAUUAUAGACGCAAGAAACCGGACGCCGUGUUCCUGAACGCCAAGCCCCUGAACAGUGCCAAUGCCCAGGCCUACUUGUACGGGGUACGGAAGUAUUCCAUUGGUUUGGCUGAGCGCUUGGAUGCGGAUUACGAAGCGCCUCCAGUGGAUAGGAAGAAGAGCUCGGAUAGCACAGCCUCCAAUAACCCGGAGUUUACGCCAAGUGUUUUUUACAGGAAUAUUGCUCCAGUUAACUGGUUCCUUCGGAUUAUUGGAGUACUCCCGAUUGUUCGCCGUGGUCCAGCCCGUGCCAAGUUCGAAAUGAAUUCAGCCUCGUUUGUAUACUCUGUCGUAUUCUACAUCCUUUUGUCGUGCUACGUUGGCUAUGUGGCCAAUAACCGUAUCCACAUCGUUCGUUCACUGAGUGGGCCUUUUGAAGAGGCGGUUAUUGCCUACCUCUUUCUGGUCAACAUCCUGCCCAUUAUGAUAAUACCCAUACUGUGGUCGGAGGCCAGGAAGAUAGCUCGGCUCUUUAACGAUUGGGAUGACUUCGAGGUCCUUUACUACCAAAUAUCCGGACACAGCUUACCCUUGAAACUUCGUCAGAAGGCCGUUUACAUCGCCAUUGUGCUGCCCAUACUUUCGGUCCUUUCUGUGGUCAUCACCCACAUAACCAUGUCGGAUUUGAAUAUUAACCAGGUUGUGCCCUACUGCAUCCUGGACAAUUUGACAGCCAUGCUGGGCGCCUGGUGGUUCCUCAUCUGCGAGGCCAUGAGCACUACGGCCCAUCUCCUGGCGGAGCGAUUCCAGAAGGCCCUGAAACACAUUGGACCGGCUGCCAUGGUGGCGGACUAUCGGGUCCUGUGGCUCCGGUUGAGCAAGCUAACCCGGGAUACUGGCAACGCACUCUGCUACACGUUUGUCUUUAUGAGCCUCUACCUUUUCUUCAUCAUCACGCUUUCGAUUUACGGGCUAAUGUCGCAGCUCUCGGAGGGAUUCGGCAUCAAGGACAUUGGGCUGACCAUCACGGCUCUGUGGAAUAUAGGACUGCUAUUUUACAUCUGCGAUGAGGCCCAUUAUGCUUCUGUGAAUGUUCGUACCAACUUCCAGAAGAAGCUGCUGAUGGUGGAGCUAAAUUGGAUGAACUCUGAUGCCCAGACCGAGAUCAACAUGUUUCUGCGAGCCACCGAAAUGAAUCCUUCUACCAUCAACUGCGGCGGCUUCUUCGAUGUCAAUCGGAGUCUCUUCAAAGGACUCAUAACCACAAUGGUCACCUAUCUCGUGGUGCUGCUGCAGUUUCAGAUCAGCAUUCCCACCGAUAAAGGUGAUUCGGAGGGCAGUACGAACAUUACAGUGGCGGAUCUGCUGAUGGACAGCUUGGACAACGACAUGACCCUUAUGGGAUCCACUGCUACCACCCAGAGUACGACUACAGCCAGCACCUCAUUGGCACCACCAACUACCAAGUCAGCACGAGGCAGGAAGGGCUAGGGCUCUGUUAGAAGCUUCUCAA